AUGGAAUCUCUACCUGCUCCUCAGCGUCGCCUCCACGCCAUUCACUCCCACCUCCUCCCUCCCUCAACCGACCAUCCUCCUCACUCUCAUCUUCACGCUAACCUCACCGCCGGUGAGUUUGCUCACGGACAGGGCUACAGUGUGGUGCUCCCAGAGAAGUUGCACACAGGGAAGUGGGAUGUGCAUAGAUCUGCACGUUCGCCUUUCAAGCUCGUCAAUCGAUUUUCUGAUCAUCCUCAAAUUGGGACUUUGCAUGAUAACUUUGUACGUUCAGUUGAAGUUUUUAGAGAUUACAAAUUCUUAGGUACACGAAAUCGGGUGGAUGGAACUGUUGGAGAGUACAAAUGGAUGACAUAUGGAGAAGCAGCCACAGCUCGGGAAGCAAUAGGCUCUGGCCUACGCUUUCACGGGUUAGAAAAAGGAGCUUGUGUUGGACUUUAUUUCAUAAACAGACCAGAGUGGCUGAUUGUGGAUUAUGCUUGCUCUGCAUAUUCUUUUAUCUCAGUUCCUUUAUAUGAUACUCUUGGCCCAGAUGCAGUUAAGUACGCCGUAAAUCAUGCUGGUGUACAGGCAGUCUUUUGUGCCCCACAGACUCUAAGCACUAUGUUAACUUUCGUAUCUGAGAUUCCGUCUGUACAACUUAUAGUGGUUGUGGGAGGGAUGGAUGAACACUUGCCUUCGCUUCCAUCUACAUCUAGAGUGAAGCUUAUAUCAUAUUUAAAGCUCAUCAGUCAGGGCCGCAGUAAUCUGCAGCCUUUUUACCCUCCUAAGCCUGAAGAUGUUGCAACCAUUUGCUACACAAGUGGUACGACUGGAACACCAAAGGGAGUUGUAUUGACCCAUGGAAACUUUAUUGCAAACGCUGCUGGAUUCUGUCAUGCAGUCACAUUCUAUCCCUCGGAUAUUUACAUAUCCUACCUUCCUUUGGCACACAUCUAUGAACGAACUAAUCAAAUUAUAUCAGUGUACUACGGUGUUGCUAUUGGUUUCUACCAGGGGGACAAUCUGAAAUUGAUGGAUGACCUGGUUGCACUGAGACCUACAUUAUUUUGUAGUGUGCCUCGGUUGUACAACAGAAUAUAUGCCGGAAUUGCAAAUUCUGUUAAAACAUCUGGGACUCUAAGGGAGAGACUGUUUCAAACUGCCUACAGUUCCAAGAAGCAAUCCAUAAUGAGUGGUUCGAAUGGAUCACCAAUAUGGGACAGAUUGGUGUUCAACAAAAUAAAGGAAAAGCUUGGAGGACGAGUUCGUUUUAUGGGAUCCGGUGCUUCACCCUUGUCCCCUGAUGUCAUGGACUUCCUUAGAGUGUGCUUUGGCUGUCAAGUAAUUGAAGGAUAUGGUAUGACAGAGACUUCUUGUGCCAUGAGCAUGAUGGAUGAGGGUGACAACUUAUCUGGCCACGUCGGGUCCCCUAAUCCCGCCUGUGAAAUAAAAUUGGUGGAUGUCCCUGAAAUGAAUUACACCUCUGAGGAUCAGCCCAAUCCUCGUGGAGAAAUCUGUGUCCGGGGUCCAAUUGUCUUUCAAGGCUACUACAAAGACGAAAUCCAGACGAAAGAAGUCAUUGAUGACGACGGCUGGCUGCAUACUGGAGACAUUGGUUUGUGGUUACCCGGAGGCCAGCUUAAGAUCAUUGAUAGGAAAAAGAACAUAUUUAAGUUGGCACAGGGGGAGUAUAUAGCACCAGAGAAGGUUGAGAAUGUCUACGCCAAGUGCGAAUUUGUUGCUCAAAGUUUUGUAUAUGGUGACAGCUUCAACUCCUGUCUAGUAGCUAUAGUUGUAGUGGAUCCAGAUGUACUGAAAGCGUGGGCUGCAUCCGCAGGCAUAAAGUACGAAGAUCUCACACAACUGUGCAAUGAUCCAAGAGCAAGGACUGCUGUUUUGGCUAGCAUGGAUGCCCUUGGAAAGGAGGCUCAGUUGAGAGGUUUUGAAUUUGCAAAAGCUGUAACUUUGGUUCUUGAACCAUUCACAUUGGAAAAUGGCCUCCUCACUCCAACCUUCAAGAUCAAGAGGCCUCAAGCUAAGGAACACUUUGCUAAAGCAAUAUCAACCAUGUAUUCUGAGCUAUCUGAUGCUGUACCGGCAAAACUGUGA